AUGCAGGGAUUCAAACUUUUCAGGCAAAAUAUUUCUGGAUCCUUAAAAUUAAGUGUUAGUUCUAUAUUCGUACCAAUAGCGAUCUGUUCGAGUUUUUGGAGAGUUAAUGCUGCUGCUCUUCCUGAUCCUCGAUGGGGGCACGGCGCGGUAUUAAUAAAAAAAAAUUUAUAUAUUUUCGGAGGCAAAGCGGGUCUUAGAUCAUUAAAUGAUACUUCUCAAAAUACAGGCCAACUACUUAUUCUUGAUAUUUCUAGUGAAUUUCAAAGGUCUAAUCCGGCAUGGGUAACUGGUCCUGUGGGUCCCAAGGUUGCAUAUCACACGGUUAGUUUAGGUGGAUCUCAGAAUGAACUCUUAGUCGUGUAUGGUGGUGAAUCCGGUGAAACACCACCUCCUCUUAAUUCAUUAUUCUAUUUUGAUACAAUUGCACAAAAUUGGAGCAUUCCAAAUAUAACUGCACCAUCACGGCGGAGAGAACAUACUGCUGUGUCAAGGCUAGAAGAUGCGUCAAAUUUUUUUUUUGGCGGAAUUCCGGAUUCUAGCAGUAUUGUCGUAUCAUCACAAGUACAGUACAAUGACUUAUAUCAAUUACAAACCAGAAUCAACAACUGGAUCGCUGUAGGCCCGCAAACCUAUACACCAUCUCCAAGAUAUCAUCACACGUCUACACUACUUGCAGAUGGUAAGAUGUAUGUUAUUGGUGGGUUUGCUGGUAGUGCUAUGGUUGAUACUGCCAGUAUAUAUAUUUAUGAUACUAUUAAUGGGCAAUGGGAUCUUAAGACAGCUGGUGGAAAUUCGCCAUCACAGCGUAGAGACCAUGCCGCCGUAGGAACAAACGACGGUAAAGUUAUCAUUCAUGGUGGCGUGGAUGUAACUUUUACUAGUUUGUUUUCAGAUAUUGCAGUUCUAGAUACAAAACAAGACCCCAUAUCUUGGAUUACCGUUUCUGUAAAUGGCGUCAUACCUCCAGGAAGGUAUUCACACACGGCCACGAUGAUCGGGACUAACAUGAUAAUCGCGUUUGGAUUUAUGGCAAAUGAAACAGCUGAUUCAAAUAUAUAUAUUCUUGACACAACCUCAUUCACUUGGACUGACACAUAUAUACCCAAUAAACUGGAAUAUACAGAUACGACGCCUUCUAAUACAUUACCAAAUGGAAGUUUGCCAACAGGAUCACUUGUGAAUGGAGACAACUCAAAUAAAACAGCAAUAAUAGUUUCCUCCGUUCUUGGUGGAUUUCUUAUUUUUAUAACUAUUGGCUGUAUCAUAAUCUGGUUGUUUCUUCGUAAGCCUCGUGAUGACUUUUAUGCAUCACCUUAUUUUCCACAAAAUCUAAACUCUCAACUUCAACCUCCGGUGUCGGAUAUCCCACAGAGUAAACGUAGCACAUAUACAGAUAAUAAUUUUGUGCCAUCAAUUAGUGACUCAAACGCUACUCAUGAAAAAACUUAUUCUGAAGUGUUUGACGAUCGUACACGCGAAAUUGACAUUCAAACAACCAAUAUGAUGAUUGUUCCUAAAACCAUGUUGCGCGUAAUGAAUCCUGACAAAGCUAGUGAUGAAUCCUGA